UAUAUCACCUUUUUCCACCUCUCUCUCUCUCUCUCCUUCUUCUUCUUCUUCUGUGGCAGUAGAAGUUCUAGAAACUAGAAACCAUCACCACUUACUGCAUCUCUCUCUCUCUCUCUCCACCACACAUUGACAACACUACUCCAAGGAACCGAUUGAAUUUUCUUCUGCACCUUCAGCAUCUUAUUUUCUUUUUUCUUCUCUUACUGCAUUCUAUAUCACACUGUGUGUCUUUUUAGCUGCGAUUCCAUAACACCAAGACUCUUUUGUGCGCGCGUGCUGUGCGCGUGAUUGAGCUUCCAGCCAUGGAAGCAGCAACAGCAGCAGCAACAGGUGAAGAUUGUUGCGUCAAAGUAGCGGUCCACGUUAGACCGCUCAUCGCCGACGAGAAGCUCCAAGGUUGCAAGGACUGCGUCACCGUCGUCCCUGGCAAGCCUCAGGUGCAAAUUGGUUCCCAUUCCUUUACAUUUGAUCAUGUCUAUGGGAGCACUGGUUCUCCUUCAUCUGCUAUGUUCGGUGAAUGUGUUGCUUCCCUUGUUGAUGGUUUGUUCCAAGGAUAUAAUGCAACUGUUCUUGCCUAUGGUCAGACAGGUUCUGGGAAAACAUAUACCAUGGGCACUGGCUAUAAAGAUGAUUACCAAGGAGGAAUAAUACCCCAAGUUAUGAGUGUCUUGUUUGACAAAAUCGAGAUUUUAAAGCAUCAAAGCGAAUUUCAGUUGCAUGUUUCCUUUAUUGAGAUUCUUAAAGAAGAAGUAAGAGACUUGCUGGAUCCAUCCUUUUUGAACAAACCAGAAACUGCAAAUGGACAUGCUGGGAAAGUAAACGUUCCUGGGAAACCACCAAUUCAAAUUCGUGAAACAUCAAAUGGUGUCAUUACCCUGGCAGGAUCUACUGAAGUCAGCGUUACAACACUGAAAGAAAUGGCUGCUUGCCUAGAACAAGGAUCAUUGAGUAGAGCAACCGGGAGCACAAAUAUGAACAACCAAUCCAGUCGUUCACAUGCCAUCUUCACCAUCACACUAGAGCAAAUGCGGAAGCUCAAUAGUUCCAGCGAGAUCGGCGCAAAUGAUACCAUGAAUGAAGAGUAUCUUUGUGCCAAGUUACACUUAGUGGAUCUUGCUGGAUCAGAACGAGCUAAACGAACAGGAUCUGAUGGCUUGCGUUUUAAGGAAGGAGUUCACAUAAAUAAAGGACUUCUGGCACUGGGUAAUGUAAUUAGUGCGCUUGGUGAUGAAAAGAAGAGAAAAGAAGGAGCUCAUGUUCCUUAUAGGGACAGUAAACUUACUAGGCUUUUGCAGGAUUCACUUGGUGGUAACAGCAGGACUGUUAUGAUAGCUUGCAUAAGUCCCGCAGAUAUUAAUGCCGAGGAAACCCUCAACACUUUGAAGUAUGCAAAUCGUGCACGCAAUAUCCAAAAUAAGCCUGUUGUGAACAGAGAUCCCAUGUCCAGUGAGAUGCUAAAAAUGCGACAACAGUUAGAGUAUUUGCAAGCAGAACUUUGUGCUCGCUCUGGUGGCUCUUCUGAGGAAGUUCAGGUCCUGAAGGAAAGGAUUGCUUGGCUUGAAGCAGCAAAUGAGGAUCUCUGCCGUGAACUUCAUGAAUACCGUACUCGAAGCCCUGUUAGUGUUAUAGAUCACUGUGAAAAAGAUGCUUAUGAUGACAGCACAUGCAACGUGAAGACUGAUGGGCUUAAGAGGGCCUUACCUAUCACAGCUCCUGAUUAUCCAAUGAGUGAAACAACAGGGGAUUCAAGGGAAAUUGAAGAAGUAGCAAAAGAGUGGGAGCAUACAUUACUGCAAAACAGUAUGGAUAGAGAGUUACAUGAAUUGAAUAAACGCUUGGAGCAGAAAGAGUCUGAGAUGAAGCUUUUUGGGAUAUCUGAUGCUGAAACUCUCAAGCAACACUUUGGAAGGAAGAUAAUGGAGCUGGAGGAUGAAAAGAGAGCUGUGCAGCGAGAGAGGGAUCGACUUUUGGCUGAGGUUGAAAAUCUUGCUGCUAAUUCUGAUGGACAAACACAUAAAUCAGAGGAUAUCCAUGCACAAAAGCUGAAAGCCCUUGAGUCUCAGAUCCUGGAUUUGAAGAAGAAACAAGAGAGCCAGGUCCAGCUUCUGAAACAAAAGCAAAAAAGUGACGAAGCAGCAAAGCGACUGCAAGAUGAAAUACAAUCUAUAAAGGCCCAAAAGGUUCAAUUGCAACAAAGGAUGAAACAAGAAUCAGAACAGUUUCGGCAAUGGAAAGCUUCUAGAGAGAAAGAACUUCUGCAAUUAAGGAAGGAGGGAAGGAAAAACGAGUUUGAAAGGCACAAGCUGCAAGCAUUAAAUCAGCGCCAAAAACUGGUUCUGCAAAGAAAGACUGAAGAAGCUGCAAUGGCAACCAAGCGAUUAAAGGAAUUGUUGGAAGCUCGCAAAUCUUCCAGCCGAGAUACUUCAGUUACAAUGAAUGGAAAUGGAACGAAUGGGCAGAGUAAUGAGAAGUCCUUACAACGGUGGCUUGAUCACGAGCUAGAAGUCAUGGUAAAAGAGCAUGAAGUUCGUUUUGAGUAUGAGAAGCAAAGCGAAGUGCGAGCUGCCCUUGCAGAAGAGUUAUCCUUGCUGAAGCAAGUAAAUGAGUUUGCUGCAAAAGGUCUCAGUCCUCCAAGAGGGAAGAAUGGAUUUGCUAGAGUGUUGUCCAUGCCACCAAAUGCAAGAAUGGCCAGAAUAGCUUCACUCGAGAGCAUGCUGAGCAUAUCCUCUAAUUCACUUGUGGCAAUGGCUUCUCAACUUUCUGAGGCAGAAGAACGAGAACGGGCUUUCACUAGUCGUGGACGCUGGAACCAGUUACGCUCAAUGGGAGAAGCCAAGAAUCUGCUUCAAUAUAUGUUUAAUUCUGUUGCGGAUGCUAGGUGCCAACUAUGGGAGAAGGACAUUGAGAUCAAGGAAAUGAAAGAUCAAAUCAAAGAACUUGUUGGUCUAUUACGGCAAAGUGAGAUCAAGAGGAAGGAAGUUGAGAAGGAGCUAAAGGUGAGGGAGCAUGCCGUUGCAACAACAUUGGAAGCACCACCUUCUGGAAACUCUCCAAAUUCAUUGAAGCAUAAUGCUGAUGAAGACACGGGACCAUUGUCUCCAGAUUCCGUGCAAGCUCAGAAACAGCGAAAAUAUACACCAGGCAUUGUUAAUGGCCAAGUGAGGCAAUCAGCAGCUUUUAUAGAUGAGAGUAAAAGGAUGGUACCAAUCGGGCAGUUGCCAAUGAAAAAAUUGGCAAUGGCAGGACAAGCAUCUGGCAAGCUAUGGAGGUGGAAAAGAAGCCAUCAUCAGUGGCUAUUACAAUUUAAGUGGAAGUGGCAGAAGCCAUGGAGACUUUCCGAAUUGAUACGACAUAGUGAUGAGACGAUCAUGAGAGCAAAGCCACGUCCCCGCGCCUUGCAACAUAGGAAGUGAUCCUCUCUUUGAUCAGCCGUUUGGUGUGGCUCAGUAUUCAUCUGUUUUUUUCUACAUGAAUAAUUCUGGACACAAGGCAUUGGAAAGAACAUAAAACUAGUGUAGUAUAAAUGGUUGCUGACAUUAUAUAUACUGCUAUCAGUCUUUGUUAAUACUGUGCAAUACUGGAAAGUUUCCAUAGUUGAUGCAUUUGGAGCAUUGUGUGAGGUGUGCUGCAAUGUUGCCAAACAGCUACCCUAAUAAUUGAAGCAUAGGAGAUAGUUGUUUGCUUUAUAAGCAUUGGAGAAUAGUCUGAGUCUGUCCAUAUCAAUACUAGUGGGGAACAAAAAAGGAAAUAUUCUUUUUUUCUAGUGGAAAUAUGUAUUAUUAAGGGUCUUUUUUAAUACCUUACUGUAAGUUUUUGUGGUCUUGUCAUGUUUGGGUCACAUUGAUUUUUGUUGAUAUAAGUACUGUAGCAUUGCUUUGUCAUGUACCAACAGAGGGAAAAUUCUUCUGUGUAUUAUUUUUCUUGUCUAUAAGGUUUUUUGUGUGUAAAGAACAUUAGUUACUAUAUUGAAAGGGAUUUUAAUUUUA